AUGGCCUCAAUUCCAGUAAUGACUUCUUUAUCAAACAUUUUCUUCAACGAGGAGGCAGCCCUCAAAUAUCUCCAAGACGAGGGAUUUAUUAAAAGGGAAAUGGAAUGUCUAGAAUGUGGAAGACCAACAACUUUUCAAAGAGCAAAGCUUCUCUUCAAAUGUACUAAGAAAAGCUGUAGAAAGAGCGUAAGUGCCAAGAAUGGAACUUUUUUUGACGGCCAACGACUUCCUUUUGAAGUACCAAAGGGACAUUCUGUAGAUGGAGUCUGGGUUGUGGGCGGUGUGGAAAAGACGGAGGAAAGACGCGUUUUCGCUGUUCCUGUUGAAAAACGGGACAGUGAAACGCUUCUUGACGUCAUAAAGAAGCACGUCAAACCUGGUUCCAUCAUCCACACUGAUCUUUGGCGAGGUUACGAAGGAAUUGAGGAAAAAUUGGGGUUCAAGCACUGUACGGUAAACUACAGUGUAAGUUUCAAGGAUCCAGAAACUGGUAUUCAUACGAAUACCAUAGAAGGAACGUGGAACGGCUACAAACUGCUGAUCCUCUCUCGAGGAAGAACGGAGAAAGGAAUGGAGGAGCGACUGUGGGAGUUUGCCUGGCGCCGGGCAAAUAAAAAUAAUUUAUGGGCCGGCUUUCUCAACGCCUUAAGAGAAGUCGUUUAUAAAUAA